AUGAACAGGUUACAGGAGUUAGGUCUUUCUGGCAAUGCAUUAGAAGGUUCAAUUCCAGACUCACUUUACCAGUUGGUUCGCAUGUCUAAUCUCUAUUUGGAGAUGAAUGCACUCAGUGGGCCAAUCUUGACCUCUAUAAACAAUCCCACGAAUCUGCGGGAGUUGUAUUUAAAUUCAAACAAUUUCUCAUCAGGAAUCCCUCUUGCCCUUUGUGAGUUGAAGAAUUUGAUAUGGCUUUACUUGCAAGACAACUUUUUCACUGGUGAGCUGCCUUCAGAUGUGGGAAAUUUGGUUGUGGUGGACAAAAUGGAUUUCUUUGUGAAUCAAUUGAGCGGAGAGCUGCCUGUGUCCUUAUCAAGGCUCCAAAUGCUAGAAUAUUUGAAUCUCUCCAAAAACUCAUUUGAUGGUAACAUUGCUGAACAACUUGAUCACAUACUAAAUCUUGACACUGUUUACCUUUCCCAUAACAAGCUUUACGGUGAGAUGCCAAAAUCAUUGGAACUUCAACACAUCCAGGUGUCGACCAAAGCAGAUGUCUACAGCUAUGGGAUUCUUCUGCUUGAGGUGUUUACCACAAGAAAUCCUACCAAUGAACGUCUUGAUGGGGACUUUACUUUGAGGCAGUGGGUGGCUGAAUCAUUUCCGCUUGCAAUUUGA